AUGGAGCUCUGCAGUGCCGUCUCUUGGCUCGAGUCGCUUGGACGCGUGCAUGGCGACAUCCGGCCGCCGAACCUGCUUCUAGACGCCGAGGAUCAUCUUAAACUUGCGGAUUUUGAUAGUGUGGCUAGCGUCGGCGAGCCAUAUGCUGGUGCUGCACCUCCAUGGGCGCGUCUACUGGGUUCUGAAGCGGGAAGUGAGAACGGCACGUUUGGGAUGUGCGGCGCUAGAACCGAGCAGUUUGCCAUCGGAUCGAUUAUCUAUUCAAUGAAAGGGGGUAUGAGCCUUAUGAGUUCGAAACUCUGA